AUGGGGUCGACGUACCCUCCUCCCUCAGACAUGUCGCAGCAGUUACCUCUUCCAGGCGGCUCGUACCCGCCGCCAGGUUCAACUGCUGCCUCAAGCCACCAGACCACCGGCCAUUCAAUGUAUGGCUAUCACAGUCACCAUAACCACCAGCAGCAUCAACAGCUACCGCCAUCGCAGCCUCGUCCUUCACAGCUCAGUGCUCACGACGUUCAUCAUCAACGACCUGGCAGCCAGUCACAAAGUCAACCCCCUCAUCAUUCGCAUCCAAACCCACAACCUCAUCAACUCUCUCAACAUGUCCAGUCGCACCCUUCUCAUCCGCUUUCCCAGCACCAACUUCCCCCGUCACAAAUGCAACCUCCUUCGCGUUCCAGGCAAGAUGACACACAGCCAGCAUCUGCUGGUGGUGUAACCUCAACACCCGCAGGGAAACCUCUUGGGAAUCCCCAGCAGAUAUUGAGCCCGUUCUCGAAAAUUGACGAUGUGACUGGUCGCAAGUACCAACUCGACGUUGUUCAACAACCCCGACGAGCGCGAAUGUGCGGUUUCGGCGAUAAGAUAUUGCCACUGGCAAAGAAAUUGAUUGCAAGUGCGCCUCCCCUCCCUGACAUCGACCACUCCAUGUUUGUCCUCAACGUUGAUCUCUGGAAUGAAGACGGCACAAAAGAGGUCAACCUUGUUCGCUCCUCCACAGGCAGCCCUUCGAUCUCAUCGACUACACCUUACUCAUAUACCACCUUAAAUGGAGGUGAUGUCGGGAUGGCCCCGUACACUCAACAUGUCCUUCCAUCUAAUCGCGACCAAUCGUACAAUACACCUCCCACUGUCGGUUACGGUCAGGACUAUCAGAUACAAGGUGGAUACGGCCAAGCGCCGUCCUAUCCUUCAAAUGGCUCAUAUGGCCCACCACAGCAAUAUUUCCCUCAUCACCAAUCAUACCGCCCUGAGGGGAAUGUCACACCUCUACCUUCACAGUCGAAUGUUUCUCCGUAUACUAGAAAUGGUUCUACCGGCCCAACGGGCUAUGUUCAAGACCAUAAUCCUAUGGCGAGGAUGGCAAUGGUUGGCGGACAGCCACAAGGCAUGUUUACUCGAAAUCUGAUCGGCAGCUUGGCAGCUAGUGCAUUCCGUCUUAGCGACACUCAUGACCGUAUUGGAAUAUGGUUUGUUCUUCAAGAUCUCAGUGUCCGGACAGAAGGCCCCUUCCGCUUGCGGUUCUCUUUUGUAAAUGUUGGGCCGCCAGACGGCACCCCUCGCGAUUCUGGUGCCCCAAAGAUCAACAAAAACAGGGCCCCAAUUUUGGCAUGCUGUUUUAGCGACGUGUUCAAUGUAUAUUCGGCCAAGAAGUUUCCCGGUGUGUGUGAAAGCACGCCAUUGAGCAAGACAUUUGCCACUCAAGGAAUUAAAAUACCAAUUCGAAAGGACUCGAAUGUCAAAGGUGGUGACGACGACGACUACGGCGACUAG